AUGAGUUCCUAUUUUGUGAAUCCCUCUUUCCCGGGGAGCCUGCCCGGCGGGCAAGAGUCUUUCCUCGGGCAGCUGCCCCUCUACCCCGCAGGCUACGAGGCUCUGAGGCACUUCCCCGCCUCCUAUGGGGCCGGCAGCCUGCCGGACAAGAGCUACUCCUCACCUGGCUUCUACCAACAGUCCGCCAACCCGGUCCUCGCCUGCAACCGGCCCGCCUACGACUACGGGGGCUCCUGCUUCUAUGCCGACAAGGAGCUGGGCGCCGCCGCCUCGCCCUCAGGCAGCGGCAAGCCCAGGGCCGGCCACCCUGGGGACUACCUGCCCUGCUUCGCCGCGGAGCAGCACUACAAGCCCGAGAGCGGCCCGGCCAAAGCCCUAAAUGACGACGGCAGCGACCGGAAGUACAGCAGCCCCGUCUACCCCUGGAUGCAAAGGAUGAACUCCUGCGCGGGUACAGUAUAUGGAACGCAUGGGAGACGGGGCAGGCAAACCUACACCAGGUUCCAGACCUUAGAGUUAGAGAAGGAAUUCCAUUAUAACAGAUACUUAACUAGAAGGCGACGGAUUGAGAUUGCAAACGCCCUCUGCCUUACAGAACGGCAAAUUAAAAUCUGGUUUCAAAACAGACGCAUGAAGUGGAAAAAGGAAAGCAAACUGAUCAAUUCAACACAGCCCGGCAGCGAAGAAACAGAAGAGAAGCCAGGGGAGUAAGACCACGCUUAAGCAAAGUGAAUAGACCUUGUCUUGGUAUCUUGCUCCUUUCCCCUCCCUUUCCAGGUUCUGCUCGUCCCACUAACCCCCCCCCCUUGGCUUUUUUGUGUUUGUUUCGGAAAGGCUUGAUCAAAUA